AUGCCGACGCGUUGGAGGGCACCCAGCCUCGCCGCGGCCCUGCUCCUGCUCACACACCUGUCUCUGGGCCUGGAUCUGCCCCCGCAGCGACCAUGUCGCCGGGUGCGCAGCGUGUUCGACCUCCCAGACUUCGCCUCCUGCAGGCGGUGGGGUGCCAUGGGCGCGGAGCAAGCGCGGCGCGACGCGAUCCGAGCCACCUGGGGCUCCCACCCCGCGCUGCACGCCGUCCGCUUCUUUCUCGCCGCGCCGGCCGAUCCGGCCACGCUGCAGCAGGUGGAGGCCGAGGUCGCGCGCCACGGCGAUGUGACCCUCCUCCGCAACGUCGCCGAGUCCUACUUCAACAUCACGCACCAAACGCUGGCGGCCUUGCGCGCCGCGGCCCACGACCGGGCGGCCACGCACGUGCUCAAGGCCGACGACGACUCCUACGUGCGCGUGGCGCCGCUGCUGGACCGCAUCCGUGCCGCGCCCGCCGAACGCCUCUUCCUGGGCUUCGUGGAGAGGCCAGGCGGCGGCCCGCACCGUGAUCCCCACUCCCGCUGGCACGUCACGCCUGAGGAGUGGCCCGGCGAUCGCUACCCACCCUGGGCGCACGGCGCGGGCUACGUGCUCAGCGCCGACCUGGCGCGCGGCGUCGAGCGCCUCGUGCGCCCGCCCCUGUUCAAGCUGGAGGACGUGGCGGUGGGGGAGUGGGUGGAGCGCGUGGCAGCGGACGAGGGCGGGGUGAUCAACUACGAGCGAGACGAGAGGUUCAACUUCAAUGGCUGCAGGGUGCACGACCUCGUGUCGCACUACAUCUCCCCCGCCGGCCAGCGCUGCCUGUGGGACCACCUGGGCAACUGCAUGCGGUGCCUGGGCGCGCACAUGAGGACACGCACGCAUCAAUAG